AUGUCCCUUUCCGCAUCCUCAACCAGCGAAGAUGUCUGCCAGUAUCUCGCGGACCAAAUCAAGGGCAGCAAGGUCCUCAUGACUGGUGUAUCACCAGGGAGCAUUGGCGCCCAUGCGGCCCUACACCUCUCCCGACACCGUCCGGCUCUCCUCGUCCUCGCCGGUCGAACCCUCUCCGCCCUGCAAGCCACCGAGCACGCCAUCAAAUCUGAAACUCCAGAUGCAAAUACCCGUCUUCUCAUCCUGGACCUGAGCUCCCAGGAAAGUGUCCGCAAAGCAGCCGCGGAAGUGAGCGAGUACCCCGAAGGCAUUGACCGGAUCAUCAAUAGUGCAGGGGUCAUGGCCGCGCCAUACGGGCUGACCCGGGAGGGAGUGGAGAUGCAGUUCGGGAUUAACCAUAUCGGACAUUUUCUGCUUACGAAUUUGAUUCUCCCCGAAUUGAUGCGCAAGAGCGGCCGAGUGAGGGUGGUGAAUGUCAGCAGCCUGGGGCAUAAACGGGGCCCGGUGCGGUUCGAGGAUCCUGGGUUCCAUAACGGCAAGUGCUAUGACAAGUGGCAGGCGUAUGGCCAGAGCAAAACGGCCAACAUACUCUUUUCGGUGUCCCUGGCGGAGAAGCUCGGUGGUAAAGGCGUGGAAUCGUUCAGUCUCUAUCCAGGUCGUAUUGUCACUGGGAUCGGGAGGCAUUUGAAGCCAGAGGAAUGGGUCAAGACUGGAUGGAAACACGAAGAUGGAAGCAUCGUCGAUGAUCCCAAGUUGAACUGGAGAACCCCCACUCAGGCAGCCGCCACUUUGAUCGUAGCAGCAUACGAUCGGACUAUUUCCGACAAAAAUGGAUCGUACAUGGUCAACAACCAGGUUAACAACGACGAGGCCGCCGGUUAUGCACUGGAUCCAGACAACGCAGAGAGGCUCUGGAAGCUGAGUGAGGAGAUUGUCGGCCAGAAGUUUGAGUAUUGA